AUCUACCACCACUACAAGAACCCUCUCCCAAACUCAUCUCCCCCACCUCUCUCUCUCUCUCUCUCUCUCUCUCUCUAACCCAUCACACUUCGCAUCUCUCUUGCUCUGUUCGAGAAAGAAUUACGCGGAGAGCGAUACCCACUAUCUCAAAGAUUCAAACUGGCGAUCGAUAACCAAGAACCCACUGUGAAGGAGAUCAAACCCAAGAGCAGAAGAAUAAUGGGAGCUGGAGGACCAGAUGAUGAUGAUAACAGAUGGCCGCCAUGGUUGCGCCCUCUUCUUCAAACAAGCUUCUUCGUUCAAUGCAAGUUACAUGCCGACUCCCACAAGUCUGAAUGUAAUAUGUACUGCUUGGAUUGUAUGAAUGGAAGCCUCUGUUCUCUCUGCCUUGCCUAUCACAAAGACCACCGAGCCAUUCAGAUAAGGAGGUCUUCAUAUCAUGAUGUGAUCAGGGUUAAUGAGAUUCAGAAGGUAUUGGACAUUACUGGAGUCCAGACCUACAUUAUCAACAGCGCCAGAGUUGUGUUCCUCAACGAACGCCCUCAGCCCAGGCCAGGAAAAGGGGUAACCAACACCUGCGAGGUCUGCGAGAGGAGUCUCCUCGAUUCCUUCCGAUUCUGUUCUCUGGGUUGCAAGAUUGUUGGUACUUCAAACAACUUCAGGAAGAAGAAGCGGCAUCUGGGUAGGGCUUUUGAUGAAGAAGAAUCUUAUAGCAGCAGUAGCAGCAGCCAUGGCAAUGGGAAGAACAAAGUUCAGAGCUUCACACCUUCAACGCCGCCGCCAACGGUCGUAAAUUACAGAACUGCCAAGCGAAGGAAGGGAAUACCUCAUAGAGCACCAAUGGGAGGACUCAUUAUAGAAUAUUAGGAAAGUCUUUACUGUUUUUAGUUAUUUACCCCCUGAUACCAAUUAAAUAUCACAAUGCCCCCCUUAUUACUUGUUGGGAAACUACAAGUAAACCCUGACGAUAGACUGAUGUAUAUAUAGAAGAAACGGUUGGAACUUGGAAGAAUAAGCAAUGUAAGGAGCCAAGAGAGGGGAAGAAGAGGAGUUGAAAGUGAAAUUAGUUUGAUAUUAAGGUAGGUAAGGGUAAUAUACCUAAGUUUUGUUACAGAGUUUAUAUGGGUGAAAAAUGUAAAUAUACUUUGUGGGUAGGGAGCAAAAUGUACUACUAUAAACGGAAAUGUGUCUAUAAAUGGAAUGAAAUAAAAGGUCUACCUUCCAUGUCUA